GGAGAGAAACAGUUAGGAGGAUCGACGGUUCUGCCUGGUAUUUACGAAAAAUGAGCCUAUCUUAGCUUGAAGGCGCUUCCUCCACAUAACUGGGGAUCCAGUUAGACCAGAUGGACUGCCAAUGAUGAAAGGAAUGAAGGAAUCGGAGCGCACUUUUGAUGACAAAGCCAUCAUCAACCGCUCAAAACAAGGGGAGUGUGGAGAGGGGGGGACAGGACCAUUACCCGGGCACCACCCAGAAAGAGAAGGAGCGAGGGAGCAGCUGAGGAAGGAGGAUCAUCCAAUCGUUGGUAGCCAGUGAGUCCAGCCCUUCAGAUGAAGAGCCUUCAGUUCAGGAGCAUCGCCCCUAAGGCCCCGGCCAUGGCGCCCUCCCCCUCCCCUGCGGUCCUGUCCUGCCAGCCUCCCUCUGCCCUCCCUGAGGCUGCCACCGCCACUAGCCCCAAUUCCAUCAUUGUGCCCACUCAAAACUAUGCACUGAUGCAGAUAGCAGGUCAAGAUGGCACUUUUUCUCUGGUGGCACUUCCCCCUUCUGUCUCCUCUCAGACACCACAGCAACAACAGCAGCAAACUCAAACAAACCCAAAAUUGCCCAUUCCCAGAUACCAGCCAAUGAGAAGCAAGGGGACCACAGAUAAGGUCAAGUCACCACCACUGGCUGCCAGGGCAAAAACUGUCCCCAAGGUUGCGGCCUCAGCACAAUCCAUGUCAGCUUCCUGUGGGCCAACAGUUAUGAAGAUAAAGCAACAUGAGCAAACAAAGGAUAUGGUAGUGCCCAAAGAAGAGCCUUCAGAGCAGGUGAUUCUGAUUGACCCAGCCUCCUCUGAUAUCUCCGUCACUGCUCUUCUCCCAGACAAUGCAGUCCUGUACCCGGGUUCUCAGUUAGAGCGAGCACCAGAUUGCUCUGAACGACCUGCUACAACUAGUCUUAUUCAGAACCUCCAGUACCCCCCUACUGCUGUCAAAGGCUCCCCAAGUAAGUCCCUUGAGGAAAGCAAGACCACAAUGAGGCUGUGCCAAUCUAAUUCUGCUGUAGCCCAACCCCAGAGCAGUAUCACUGUCCUGUCCUCAGCCAUCUUCAGCAAAGCAGUCCAGAUAAUCCCGUCCCCACCAAAGGGUAAACUGCCCAUUCUGCCCUACUCUAAGAUGAAGAACAGCCUCAUCCCAGCUGCCCAGCUCAGCAACUUGUCUCCAGAGAAGAAGGGUUUCUCUAGCCAGACAGGACUCACCAGCCCCGUAGAUCCUACAUCCAAGACCCUCGAGACAUCUGAAGCCUUGGUUCAGAACCAGGUCCCAAACUCCACUCUUCAGCCCAACUCAAAGACCACACUCAUGCCUGUGUUGGGAACCCUGCAGAACCCACCUGGUAAGAAGAGGGGGAGGAAGAGAAAGACAAUGGAGGACAUCUUGGCAUUUGAAGCCAGAAAGAAGAGGUCUUUGUCUUUUUUCCGUGGAAGAGUCCCAGAGAAAGCGCCAGCAGUUGUUCCAGGCUCUAAACAAAAAGAAGUUGAUAUUUCAAAGAAGUACCGAAGCAUAAGACCCAAGCCCAUGUUGGUCAUGGAGACAGUCCCCCAACUGGUUAGUUUGCCUGCGGUUACUCCAGAUGCCCAAGAACAGGAGCUUGUACUCGAUCAUCAACUCCCUACCACUACAACAAGCAAGACCCUGGACAGUCCUCCCCCAGCAGCCCCAGUGACCCUACAACUGAAAGGUGCUUCGCAUACAAGAGUGUUCGUAAGCAGCCGUCCGCUUCACCGGUGCCCUACCUGCAGCCGCUGUUUCCAGUUCAAGCAUCACCUCCAGAGCCACAUGAACAGUCACACCAACAGCCGGCCCUACGCCUGCCCAGUCUGCCGCAAGGCGUACGCUCACUCUGGAAGCCUGAGCACCCACAUGAAGCUUCACCACUCCGAGGUACGCCCACGUCGGUCUCUGUGCUGUGAGUUCUGCGAGAAGUCCUUUGGAUAUGUCGGGGUUUACUUCAGUCAUCUGAGAGAGGUUCACAAGGUGGUGCUGACCGUGGAGCCGUCCAUAAGCCAUCACGAGGAUGACCUGUCAGUAGAGGGGGCCAACUCAGAGCCAUCAGAUGAGCAGGAUCGGGAAGACCCUGUGGAGCUGCAGAUAAAAUGUGGCCGCUGCCAAGCCAUCACUCCCACCUUUGCCGACAUGAAGAUGCAUUUGCUGUAUGUGCAUGGGGAGGAGAUCCAGGUUCCACUUCAUGAUGGUCAACAACUGCGCGGUGGCCGGGAGGCUGAAAACGAGCUGGUGAAGCACGCUGCCCACUACUGGCGUCAACUCAAUGAGAAGCGCAACCUGGUCAAGUGCGGCAGCUGCAACGAGGAGUUUGUCUCCUUCUCCAAACUUAAGAGGCACAUCAUGUCCCACCACCAUGGCCAAGAGGGGGAGGAUAGUGUGACCCUCUCUUCACCAGAAGGCGGUGGAGGAAGACUUGGCGUCCUUGCAGCAGGUGCGGCCUUCAACUGCGUGCUUUGCAGCUCGGUGUUGGACACUAAAGACGGAGUUAUGGAGCACUGGAGGAGUCGCCACCACUGUGAGCAGCCAAGCCUUCUGUGGGACGCACUGAGCUCCUACUCCGUCCUGGAAGAAGGUGAGGCUGAGGGGGAUCUAGACACUCCUGCUCCAAGCCCACACUAUCCAGCCUAGUCCUGGAUGGGCAUGGAGCCCUUUACUGUUACUUCUCACACAUACUCAGUCUGAAAAAUUAGCUACACAGGGAUGGAGAGUUUCUCUUAUGACUUUUAUCACUAGUUUCAUAUUUCACCAGUUGGCCCAUUUGUCUUGGUCCAGGAGCAAAGAACAGUAAUAUUAAAAUAAAUGGUAGGAAUUGAUCUUUGUGAUACAAUUCAUAAGGUACAUUCUCUCAAGGAAAGAUAAUCCAAUUGUUAAACAAUAUUGUUUUUCAUGUUAUUUAGAUUGCACUGUUUGGUUUCUUGUUUGGAGAUGUAUGUAUUUAGUGUCCCGUUGGAUUAUUUUGUUCUACUUCUUAUUUAAUUCGUAAUAAAAGGGUAAUUAUAACAUAGCUGACACAGUAAUACUGUUAAAGGCUCGACUCACUUAAUCUCUGGUAUCUAGCCAUUCAGAAAUAUAAAUAUAUAUAUAUAUAUAUACCGUAAUUUUCGGACUAUAAGGCGCACCUGAAUAUAAGCAGCA